CCAAAAUAAAUAAAAUUGGCACACCGUUGAUUGGUCUGAUUUUACACACGUUACAGUUUUUCACCCGUUGUCCCUUCUCGCAAGGACUUUGAACCUGCGACUGGUAUUUGAGCUGUGCCCUAGAUUUUCGCUCUCUCCAAAAUCCAAAUCUAUUUCAAUUUCUAGCUCCUCUCUUUGCUUAAUUUCCUUCAUUUUCAUUCAAAAAUGAUCCGGUUCAUUCUAUUACAGAACAGGCAAGGAAAGACCCGUCUUGCCAAGUACUACGUUCCUCUCGAGGAUUCCGAGAAACACAAGGUCGAAUACGAGGUUCAUCGAUUGGUGGUAAACAGAGAUCCCAAGUUCACGAAUUUCGUCGAGUUCCGCACUCAUAAGGUAAUCUACAGGCGCUAUGCUGGGUUAUUCUUCUCGCUCUGCGUCGACAUUACUGAUAAUGAGUUGGCUUAUUUGGAGUGCAUCCAUUUGUUCGUGGAGAUACUGGAUCAUUUCUUCAGCAAUGUGUGCGAGCUAGAUUUGGUUUUUAACUUCCACAAGGUUUAUCUGAUACUUGAUGAAUUCAUUCUCGCUGGGGAGCUCCAAGAAACAAGCAAAAAGGCGAUUAUUGAAAGAAUGGGCGAACUGGAAAAGUUGGAGUGAGACCUUAUUCUGAGGAGUGUGUUAUAGGAGUGUCAUUUUUCAUUUUUCUUUUUCUUUCCCUUUUUUUCCCCAGUUGGUUUCUAUUUUGUUUACAAAAUUCAUACUGCGGCUUUCUUCUUGUAAUAUCAGAAAAUUGUUCCUUGUUCAUUUCUCUAAUGUGUUUCUUCUUCUUCACUUUUCCCCAUGUUGCUGUUAGUAACAUGGGUGGCUGUAAGUCACAUUCAAUCAACAAAGGCAAUAUACAUAAACGUAGCAGCACUGUGUGCACUAUCCGAA